GGAGGCGGCAGCAUGGCGGUGGAGCCGCCGCGGGAGGUGGUGUGGCCGGAGGGCGCGGGGGCCGAGGCGGGCUUCGUGCGCGCCGUGCUCUCGCUGCCCGAGAAGCCCGACACCACCGUGCGCUUCUUCGAGCGCGGCGACUACUACACGGCGCACGGCGCGGACGCGCGGCUGGCCGCCCGCGAGCUCUUCCGCACCCGCGCCGUCAUCCGCCAGCUGGCGGGGGCACCGGGAACUCAGAAGCUUGAGAGUGUUGUGCUUAGUAAAAUGAACUUUGAAUCUUUUGUGAGAGAUCUGCUUCUGGUUCGUCAUUACAGAGUAGAAGUUUACAAGAACAAAGCAGGGAGUAAAUCUAUCAAAGAAAAUGACUGGUAUUUAGCAUACAAGGGUUCUCCAGGAAAUCUUACCCAGUUUGAGGAAGUUCUCUUUGCCAACAAUGAUAUGUCAACGGCCAUUGGGGUUGUGGGGGUUAAGCUGUCUACUACUGAUGGACAAAGAGUAGUAGGAGUGGGUUAUGUCGACACUACGCUGAGAAAAUUGAGUGUCUGUGAGUUUCCAGAUAAUGAUCAGUUCUCAAACCUUGAAGCUCUACUGGUUCAACUAGGACCGAAGGAGUGUGUGCUACCAGGAGGAGAGACUGCAGGAGAGAUGGGAAAACUACGACAAGUCAUUCAGAGGGGAGGAAUCCUGAUUACAGACAGAAAGAAGGCGGAUUUCACAACAAAAGAUAUUGUUCAGGAUCUCAAUCGCUUGUUAAAAUCAAAAAAAGAAGAACAAAUGAAUAGCGCAGCAUUGCCAGAGAUGGAAAAGCAGGUUGCUGUUUCGUCUUUGUCGGCCAUUAUCAAAUUUUUAGAGUUGCUGUCAGAUGAGUCUAAUUUUGGACAAUUUGAACUGACUACUUUUGAUCUUAGUCAAUAUAUGGUUCUAGAUAAUGCAGCUGUUCAAGCCCUCAACCUUUUUCAGAGUUCUGUGGAAAAUGCUAAUACUGCACAGUCUCUAGCUGGUUUACUAAAUAAAUGCAGGACCCCUCAAGGACAAAGACUAGUUAAUCAGUGGAUCAAACAACCGCUUAUGGACAAGAACAGAAUUGAAGAAAGGUUGAAUUUGGUUGAAGCUUUUGUGGUGGAUCCAGAACUACGUCAGUGCCUUCAAGAAGAUCUCUUACGUCGCUUCCCGGAUCUUAACCGGCUGGCGAAGAAAUUUCAGAGACAAGCGGCAAACUUACAGGACUGUUACCGAAUGUACCAGGCUAUUAAUCAACUGCCUAAUGUUGUACAAGCACUAGAAAAACAUGAAGGAGCUCACCAGAUGUUGUUGUUGGCGGUGUUUAUAACACCUCUUAAUGAUAUCUACUCUGACUUCUCAAAGUUUCUGGAGAUGAUAGAAACAACAUUGGACAUGGAUAAGGUAGAGAAUCAUGAAUUUCUUGUCAAGGCUUCUUUUGAUCCUAAUUUGACAGAAUUAAGAGAGAAGAUGAAUGAACUGGAAGAAAAAAUGCAGUCCUUUUUAAAGAGUGCAGCCAAAGAACUAGGUUUGGAAGCUGGCAAAAGUAUCAAACUGGAGACAAAUUCACAGUUUGGACAUCACUUUCGAAUAACUUGCAAGGAGGAAAAAGUUCUCCGUAACAAUUCAAAAUAUGGAAUAGUUGAUACACAGAAGAAUGGUGUGAAAUUUACUAACAGCAAACUGAGCUCCGUCAAUGACGAAUAUAUAAAGAACAGGGAAGAGUAUGAAGAGGCUCAGGAUGCAAUUGUUAAGGAAAUCAUUAACAUUGCUUCAGGUUAUGCAGAACCAAUACAGACAAUGAAUGAUGUGAUAGCUCAACUAGAUGCAAUUGUCAGUUUUGCUCAUGUGUCAAACGGAGCACCAGUGCCGUAUGUCCGUCCUGUCAUUCUGGAAAAGGGACAAGGAAGAAUUGUGCUGAAAGGUGCCAGGCAUCCUUGCAUCGAAGUGCAAGAUGAGGUGGCUUUCAUCCCCAAUGACAUUACGUUUGAGAAGGGCAAGCAGAUGUUCCACAUUAUUACUGGCCCUAACAUGGGGGGAAAGUCAACCUACAUCCGACAGACAGGGGUGAUUGUUCUUAUGGCCCAAAUUGGGUGUUUUGUACCAUGCGACUCUGCAGAAAUAACUGUUGUGGAUUGUAUCCUGGCUCGAGUGGGAGCUGGAGACAGUCAGCUGAAAGGCGUGUCUACUUUUAUGGCUGAAAUGUUAGAAACUGCUUCAAUCCUUAGGACAGCAUCUGAAAACUCCCUAAUAAUCAUUGAUGAGCUGGGAAGAGGAACUUCUACCUAUGAUGGCUUUGGCUUAGCAUGGGCUAUUUCAGAAUACAUUGCUAGCAAAAUCCGUGCUUUCUGUAUGUUUGCUACACAUUUUCAUGAACUGACAGCUCUUGCUGACCAAGUGCCAACAGUAAAUAACCUACAUGUUACUGCUCUGACCAGUGACGACACACUGACGAUGCUUUAUCGUGUCAAGGAAGGUGUUUGUGACCAGAGUUUUGGAAUACAUGUAGCAGAGUUGGCGGCUUUCCCAAAACAUGUGAUAGAAAGUGCAAGAGAGAAAGCAUUGGAGCUGGAGGAGUUUCAAAACAUUGGCAAGUCCAAGGAAUCUGAAGGAGAACCACCAGCCAAGAAAUUCUACAGAGAAAGAGAGGAAGGUGAAAAGGUAAUUCAGGAUUUUCUUUGUCAAGUGAAAGCACUGCCCCUGACAGAUAUGUCAGAAGAAGACAUCAAAAUCAAGCUGAAACAGCUGAGAAAUGAUGUGUUGGCAAAGAACAACAGUUUUGUGAAUGAAAUCAUUUCCCGAACGAAAGUUAAAUCAUAAAAGGUGUGAGAACAGGAUACAGCUCUUGAAGCGUGUUUUACAUUGCAAGAACUAUGAUUUUCUUGUCUUAUAGCUUUUAUACUUUGUGAUACUUGUACUGAUUUAUGCAGGCAUUUUUUUUCUUGAAUUGUAAUUAUUUUGUAAAAAAUUCUGAGCACAUUCUGUGCCAGAUUCCUGCUGUAGUUGUGAUCAUUGUGUCCUUUUAGAAGUUUUCAAUAAAAUGCUUUCUCAGUA